CCUGAUCCGGGCCUGCGCGGGCUGGAGCGGAGCCCGGCGAGGACCAUGGAGGUCCCGGUCGACUCCCGGGCCAGCGCCGGCUCUUCUUCACCCGUCCGGGACUGCCCCGGAGUCUCGGUGUCCAAGGACUUGUUGACUGCGGGGAGCGACGGCGGAGGUAUAUGGGACAAGUUGCUCAUCAACUCCAAGCCUAAUUCUGGAAAGAACUCCAUGCGUCAGACAGUUCGAAUAGAGCGGAGCCCCUUACUGGACCAAGUGCAGACCUUUCUACCACAGAUAGCAAAGGCCAAUGAAAAGCUGAGAAAAGACAUGGCUGCUGCACCACCUGGUCAAUUUAAUAUCGAAACGAUUAAUGGGACUCUUGGAAAAGUCAUCCAGAUGGAUGUGGCCCUGAUUGAGAUGAAUACUUCUGAAUCCAAAGAAAAGGAUAGUUCAGAAGAGAACUCGCUGGACAGUUCCGAGGAGGAAGGUGAUGCCCCCUUCGAGAUCACCAUUGACAACAUCAAGCUCCCUCAGGCCCACAGUGGCAAAGGCAAGAUAGAAGUGUUAGGUGGUCCUGCUACAAAGGCCACCAAAUAGGGUGUCACUGCUCUAUGGAGAAGUAGUAGUCCUCCGCUGAUUCUGGGAAAGCAGGCGGGUUGCCUCGAUGCCUGUCUCCUGGCACGCCAGAUUAGUCCUGUGCCCUUGGCUUCUUUUCUGGAAGAAGUAGAAGCUGCUUUGCCAGGCCUGGAAUGGACUGCCCUGAGUCUUCUGGGAGAAAGCUGUCCUCUGAGUUCAGGGAGAGCAGCUCUGUAACAAGUGAAUUCGUCUGUGUCUUAGAACUCAUGGACAUCAGAAACACCAGCCUUCUUUUAAAAUAAAAAGACUAGUCCCCUGCUUUGAUUUUAGUCUUAAUUAUCUUCUUGAAUAAAAAUGAUCUAGCUUUAAAAAAAUGAUAAAAUCAAAUUUAUAUGUUACUAUCAUACACUCAGAGAAGGAGACAUUUAGUGAAAAAAGGUUUCUAUAAAGAGAAAGUUUAUAUAGAUGCAGUUAUUCUCAGGCAGGGCCCCUGGGAAACUGGCCCUCUGGUUGUCACUUAUGGCAACUAGACUUUUCAGAAAACGUCGAAUUUUCUAGUUGGAAAAUAUAUAAGGUCUUUGGUUUUGUCAGGUUUUUUGAUUUAGUUUUGCAUAAACCAAGUUUUGAUUUUG